AAUCAGGUGAAAAGAGGAGUCGUACGUCCCGAUUUCAACUCAGUCGACUCUGAAGAGCGAAUUUCGCUCUCUUAGUGAAGUUAUUUUGCGGUUAUGUAAGUCCUGAAUACUGACAUACGACAGGAGAGGAAUUAGGGCAGUAAUUAGAACAUAAGCCAAUACCAACAUGGCUACUGUGAAGAAGAAUGUGAAGAAGCUACACAUUGAUGAGUCGGAUCUUCUGUGUAAAAAUGGCUGUGGAUUCUAUGGAAAUGUGGCGUGGCAGGGCUUCUGUUCAAAGUGUUACAAGGAAGUGUAUCAGAAAGCUCGACAGGCCCAGCUGCAGCAUGAUACCAAGAGACAGGAAGCCUCCAAAAAGUUACCAACAGCUCCUGGGGACACAACACCUUCAUUUUCCAAGUUUGAGGAGAAAAAAACACAGCAGUUGAACAAGCGAAGCCACACUGUGAAAUCUAUCUUCAGAAAAACCAAAGACAACCAGCAAGACAUUCCUGUGAGGAAGGAGCCUACUAGACGCACAAGUUGGGAGAGCCAACAAGUUAGUGGAGAUUUUGCUGAGUUCCUUAAGACUUUAAGGAAGCCAGCAGCUAUUGAUGUGUCCAAGCAGGUGCGAGGCUUCAUCGAGAAGAUAUCCCAGCAUGGGGACUGGCCAAUCGAGGAUUUGUCUGAAUUGGUGCAGGAUUUCUACCAGAGUAUGGCAGAGAGGAUGCAGACACAUUCCCUGUUCAAAGGGUCUGCACAGGAGACAGUGGAGAUUCUGAUGGACUACAUGGAGAAGUUCAUCAUGACGCGUCUGUACCGCUCCGUGUUCUGUCCUGUCACCACAGAUGACGAGGAGAAGGAUCUGGCCAUACAGAACAAGAUCCGCAGCCUGCACUGGGUGACUGCUCAGCAGCUGGACACCAUCAUCAACGAUCACGACCCCGAAAUCAGACAGAUGGUUGAUCAGGCAAUUACAGACAUCAUAGAGAUGGACUCACGUCGUGCCCCUCAGGACAAACUCACCUGUAUUGUACACUGUAGUAAGCACAUAUUUGAAGUCUUGAGGAAGUCUAAGGAGAGUCCAGCCAGUGCUGAUGAGUUUCUGCCGGCCCUGAUCUACAUCGUGCUGAAGGCCAACCCACCACUCCUACAGUCAAACAUCAACUACAUUACCCGCUUUGCUAACCCCAGUAGGCUGAUGAGUGGAGAGGCAGGGUAUUACUUCACCAACCUGUGCUGUGCUGUGGCAUUCAUUGAAAGCCUAACGGCCGAGUCAUUGAACAUGAACCCGGCUGACUAUGAACGCUUCAUGUCUGGUGAGGCCGUGCCGGCUGGCAGUGGCAAUGAGUAUAUGUGUGAGGGGCUGAAGCUGAUGUAUGACAACCUCAAGACCCUCGCCGAGCUGCGACAGAGGCAGGAGAAGGUGAUGGCGGAGGCUUUACAGCUGCAACAGGACAUGAGGGAGUUCAAGGAGAGUUUCAAGAAGGAAAUCCUCAACGUUCUUGAGCGCACACCUCUCGUCGUCAAGCCCAGGAAGUGUAAAGCGGACAUUGACGCUGAUGACCCCAGCAGUGAGAAACUGCCUCCUCCCAUGCUCCCCCUGCCGAUUGCCCUCUACCCCCAGACAGAGAGUGUUGACAAGCCAGUUGAGGAAGACAAGCACACGCCUUUGCUAACUGAAGGCUUGUCUUCAGGCUCGGUUGAUAGAGAAAGUGAACAACCCAUGGAGACGAUGACAGAGCCUUUAGAAGGCUCAGGCCCCCAAGUUGAGGGAGGAUUUAGUGAAGAUACAUCUGCUGGACAGGCUAUGGACCCACAUUAUGUGCCAGAUGCUGAUAAUUCUGUUCCUGAUCCAAACACACAGCAGAUGGAAACUGAAAGCUCUGGUAGCCAUGGCAACACAGUAUUUACUGGUAAUGGUGGAGGCCCUGACAUUGAAGCAGUAAGUUAAUUAUAAAGCGGUGUUUCAAAACGGAAGCGGAAACUUCAGUACGUGUACUGAACAGAAUGUGAUAAUCCAAAAUGGACGAUGUUUAAACGUUCUAAGAAACUCCAGGUGACAAAAUUUGUGUCAUUUUGACUUCAGCUAAAGGCCAACUUUAUGACAACAAGGUUUAUAGUUUGUAAGAAUACACAUAUUUGAAAAUGUCUGCUGUUGAAAGGCUUUGUUUGCUGUCUUAGGGUGUAUAGUGUGAAUGUCUGAUAUGAAGUUUAUUAAACACAAGUUAAGAGAUGCUUUAGGCAUCUGGUUGAUUGAAACGACCAUACGUGUAUGUGUGAGUGAAAGCACUUGGAAAUUUUCCAGCACAACCAUUCAACAGUUGUUGAAAUAAUACUGUUUUCAUACUGAUAUACAUUGCACAAGUAACAUUUAAGCAGUUGUGAAGUUUACUUGCAAUUGCUGUACAUUUACCUGUACAUAUGUUCAGUGCAUCCAUACCAGUGUAUUCAUUGACAUUUAAAUCAAUCAUUUUUUGUGAAUUGUAUUUUUUGGUAGAGCAGAUAUUUAUUUUUUUGCACUCUGGGUACAUGUAUGUUGUUUGAAACCUGGAGUGGCCUGGACUAAUUUUCAGCAUUUGACUAGCAUGACCAGAAUCUUUGUUACAUGUACAGAAAGUCUAAAUAUGAAAAGCAGAAAUAUUGUUUGUAUCGUAUGAUUGCAGGGCUGUGGUGUAGGUGUACACGUACGUAUAUUUGAAGACUUUAUCAGUUCAUCUUGUCGGUGAAGAUUAAAACAGACAUUUUAGGGAAAAAAGGAAAAUGGAAUACAGUUUGCUGCAUAUGACACACCACUAAAAAUCCUUUGUUGAAACUGAAUUUAAACAUGUACAUAACAUGGACCAAAACUUUAGGAAUGUUACACUCUUCAGACUCAGUAAUGUAGGAAGUAACUAUUCCAAGUAGCAUCAUUAUUUUGGAUUUGAAUGGAACGGUCUGUAUUUCUCUUUAAAUAUUGAAACAGGCAAACCUUGUAUUGUACAUGUAUUGUAAUUUUGUUACUUUCAUGUAUGUACUUAUUAAUGCAAAGAACAUGAGAAUAUUGAAUUGGAACACAUCACAAAAUGUUCAAAUCCUGUCCAGAAUUUCAUGUACUUCCUCUCGGUUCCAGGAUUUCCUGAGAUUUCCUUGGAUGUAGAUUUACAUCAGUGCUGAAAUGUGCUAUUUUGAAUACUCGUAUGUAAACAAAGUUAAGUUUGUCUAUGGAUCAAAGUCUGAGUGGAAAGUGGGAAGUAUUAGAAAUAAUGUGGACAGUGGUAGGAAUAUUUGUGCAUUGUGGUGUUGUCUUUUUAAAGUUAUAUAACAUAUAUGGACCCCAGAUUAUACAUGUACAUGUAUGGUUUGGGUUGCCUCAUACUUGUACA